AUGAACGUUCCCUGUGGGUUCCUCUGUCUUCUCUCGGUGGCAGCUUGGCAGCUGCCCACCUGCGCGCCGACGACAGGGCCUCCCCCAGAGAAGAAGGGGGUUGGGCUUGAGAAGGGGCUGCCCACUACGGAAGUGAUCCGCUUCCUGGAGGUCUACAACCGCAGCGUCUGCCAGCCCAAGGAGACGAUGGUCUCGGUCACGGCAGAGCAUCCGUCGCUGGGCAGCCACAUCAUGAUCCCAUCCUGCGUGGCCCUGAGCCGCUGUACCGGCUGCUGUUCCGACGACUCCUUGAAUUGCGUGCCCAGCCGUUCCCGGGAAGUGAUUUUGGAGGUAAUGGCUAGCCUCUUUGCAAGCAGAUAUAUAACCCAGCUGACUUUUGAAGAGCAUCUGGAAUGCAUGUGCAGGCCGAGGACAGUGUUUUUCAGAUCUAAUUCAAUUAGUCGGUCCUGUGCACCUUGUCGGGAUAGGAAAAAACACCCAGAUCCACACACUUGCAAAUGUGUGUGUCGCCACCGAUCCGGGCAUUGUGAGAGGCGCGGGCUGAAAUUCAGUGAGAAGACAUGCAGAUGUGUGAAGCGCCGAAGGCGAACCUCGUGGAAAAAAAGUAAAAGCCGCAUUUCAGGUGGGAUGGAGGCUAGAACCGAGCCUCACAGAGCAUUGACUAUCCUCGGCUAG